UUGGGGAGGGGUGGUUAUUUUUUUCUUCCCCCAGAGCGAGGAAAGGGGGUUUGGUUUGGGUUUGUUUUGUUUGCGCCGCUCCGCUCCUCGCCCGCUCUCUUUCUUCGUCUGGCCGUGGCUUUUGGGGACUUUUUAAUUUUCGGGUUUAUUUUUUUCUUUUUUUCAUCUUUUGGUGGUUGGCUCUCCCCCCUCGCCCCUCCGGGAAGUGCUCCGCCAGCCGCCUCUCGCCCAGCCAUCCCUCCCCAUGCGCCGCGGGCAGCGGGCAGCUCCGCGGUGCGCACCCGGGAGCUGAACUGCGGAGCGGCGCGUCCCCUCCACGGGCAGGAUGUACACGGCCGGGCUGGCUCCUUUCUACGCCUCCAACUUCAGCUUGUGGUCAGCGGCUUAUUGCUCUGCAUCGGGGCCGGCAGCCGGCGGCUGCUUCCCGCUGGACGCCGCGGCGGCGAAGAAGCCGUCCUUCUGCAUCGCCGACAUCCUCCACGCCGGCGGCGAGGCGGCGGGAGGACCCGCCGACAGCCUGCCCGGGGGUCCCGGCACCGGGAUGCCGGCGGCGCUGGGAGCCGUCCACCACGGAGGUCCCUUCCACGCCACCGCCUCGCCGCUGCGGCCCACGCCCGUCGUGGCCCCCGAUGCCCCCGCCACCGCCUUCCCACCGCGCCUCUCGCCUCUCUCCGCCGCCUACCACUCCCACCACCACCGCCCCCCGCAGCACCGGUCCCCCGCGGCGGCAGCGGCGGCGGCGGGCGGCGGAGGCGCCCCGGCCCCCGCCCGGCUGCCCGGCGGCCACACGCACGGCUCUGCACCGGCGCCCGCCAGCAAGGACCUGAAAUUCGGCAUCGACCGCAUCUUAUCGGCGGAGUUUGACCCCAAAGUCAAGGAAGGCAAUACGCUGAGAGAUCUGACCUCCUUAUUAACUACCAGCCGCCAAACUGGGGUUCAUCUCCCCAACUUACAGCCUUCCGCCGGCCAGUUCUUCGCGUCUCUAGACCCCAUUAACGAGGCCUCUGCUAUCCUGGGUCCUUUAAACACAAACCCAAGGAGCUCAGUGCAGCACCAGUUUCAAGACACUUUUCCAGGUCCAUACGCAGUUUUAACCAAGGAUACACUGCCUCAGACGUACAAGAGGAAACGCUCCUGGUCUAGGGCUGUUUUUUCCAACCUGCAGAGGAAAGGUUUAGAAAAACGGUUUGAAAUCCAGAAGUAUGUCACCAAACCGGACAGGAAGCAACUGGCAGCGAUGCUGGGGCUGACAGAUGCUCAAGUGAAGGUGUGGUUCCAGAACCGGCGGAUGAAGUGGCGGCACUCCAAGGAGGCGCAGGCCCAGAAGGACAAGGAACCUCCGCCGGAGCCGGAGCCGGCGGCCCAGAGAACCGGCGCAGCGCCCGCCACCGCCGGGGAGCCCGAGCGCAGCCCCAGCCGCUCCGACGGCGACAGCGACAGCAGCGACGCUGAGUCCCUCGACAUGGCCCCCAGCGACACGGAACGGACUGAGGGCGUCGAGCGGAGCCUGCCCACCACCGGGCUCGGCAAAUCCUCCGGCAGCACCGGCCUCCCGUCCCCGCCGCCGCCCGCCGCCGCCAGCCCCGAGCCGAGGAACGGGCUAUAGACGAGGCGGCCCCGCCGCGCCCAGGACAUGUGCGCUAAUUUAUCUCCCUUCCCCGCCCGCGAGUGCGGCAAGGCCGGCCCGGUACGGCCCGCUACCGCCUGUGGUCAGCGCCCGGCCUGGCCCGGGGCGAGGGGCCGAGGAUGAGGGCGGAGCGGAGGCCCCGGGGCCGGGGCAGUUGUGCGUGAGGUGGCCGCCUCUCCCUCCGCGCUGCUCGCAAGAGAGCGGGAUUUCUCUAUUUCCCCUAUUUCCACCCACCUUUUUUUUUUUUUUUAAUUUUAUUUUAUUUUAAUUCUCCCUUUCCCGCCCCUUGUCCUCUCCAAGGAAAAUCAGAGCGAGGGACUCCGAGAACGGUCUCCGAAAAUCCUCACCUUUCCCUGCCCUUGCCCACAAACAAUUUAGAAUGUGAAGUAUUUUGCCAACGUCCUCAUUGGUUGCAACGUGUUGCUUAGAAUAAUCCGGCCAAGAAAUACUGCACUGACAAAAUAUAUAAAUAUAUAUAUAUAUAUAUAUCUCCUGUAAAUAAAAUGUUUGGUAUGGUUUGUAACCACGUCAGUCUGUUGACCAGGGGAGAGGACUGGCGAGGCUGCCCCAGCUUCCUUUGCCUCACUCGAAGGCAGCCACUGUCUCUCCUUGCCUUAGAGCCCCUCCAGGCAGCUUUCUCCUUUUAUUCCUUUCCUAAUGAAGACGGUGACAUGGACCGGAUUUGAUGUCGCAAAAUUGUGGCCCCGAUGAGAAAGUUACCGAUUACAUUUGUAGCCCGGCGUGUGCCUACACAUGUGUAUUUGCCGUGUAAGGUGGCUUUUGACUGUCAAUGCCAGACAGGACUGCACUGUCUGAUUCCCGCGACUCUCGGGGCCGCUGCCAAGCGCCUGCGAGGCAGUUUCGGCGUUCGCGGUGGGGGACGCGACGUAUGUGCUUUGUUUUGCUUCGCUUUGCUCUGUUGUCGGUUCGGUUUGCCCCGCACCUCUCCACAAGGCCCCGCGGCGGGAUGGGGAGGUAGUGCUCUCUGACGUCACUGCUCCGGGGGGCGCUGUGACGUCAUGCAGGCGCUGUGCUCGGCGCGGGAGCGGUGCGGAGGCCGGUCGCGGGAUGG